GUAAGCAUGGAGGCGCACUGGUUCGUCUGUAUCAUACUCUCCAGCUCUGUUCUGUGCUCCACCGAAGCAGCUCUGUCAAAGAAGCCUGGGUCUGUUGCCAAACGCCAGUUUCAAGCCGGAGAUAUUUUGGGGCAACAUGGACUGUGUACCCCGCCUACGGUGCUGGUCCACGGCACGGUGACCCUGAACGGCGGCCUGGCCGUGGGCGACACCGCCAGCAUAUCCUGUCUCUCCGGCUACCGGCUGGACGGAGUGGACCAGAUCACUUGUCAGGGCGCGGCGGACAACGGCGGAUGGAGCGAUCCUAUGCCGAGAUGCGUCCAUGAGUGCGGCGAAACCUUCACCGCCCCGCGCGGUAAGCUCUACUCCCCCGGACAUCCCGGGAACUACCCCGGGGAUACAACGUGUACGUACACGGUGUCGGCGCCGCCGGGGACCGGCAUCCACAUCCAGGUUGUCAGCUUCAGCACCGAGGACGGGCAUGACAUCCUCAGGGUGUACAAUGGUGCCGACUCGUCUUCUGGAGCUGUGCGCAGCUACUCCGGGAGCCUGCCGGCUGAUGCCGAUUCCCGGCAGUACUACAGCAUCUCCACACAGCUCUACCUGAGAUUCACCUCAGAUUCGUCUACCUCAGAUUCAGGCUUCAUCAUCGACUACGAACACUAUGACCUGAGUACCAGAGAGUGUGACGACCCCGGCACGCUGGCCCACGGCACCCAGAUCGUGACGGGCAUGCACGAGGGGGACUUCAUCUUCUACACCUGCGACCCGGGCUACGAGCUGCACGGCCCGCAGGCCAUCAUGUGCCUCCCCGGGGACAACAGGGUCUGGAACGACGCUCCGCCAACUUGUGUCGCAUCAGCGCCCUGUGACGACCCGGGUACCCCCAGCCACGCCAGCAGUGUCGCGACAGGUUUCGCGGCCGGAGACUCCGUCACCUACACCUGCGACCCUGGUUACACCAUGCACGGUACCGCCACUAUCACCUGUCUGACUGGGGACAACAGGGUCUGGAGCGAUGCACCGCCAACUUGUAUCGCAUCAACGCCCUGUGACGACCCGGGCACCCCCAGCCACUCCUCUCGUGUUGUGGAAGGUUUCGGACCGGGAGACAAAAUCACCUACACCUGUAACCCUGGUUACACCAUGCACGGUACCGCCACCAUCACCUGUCUGACUGGGGACAACCGGGUCUGGAGCGCAGCGCCCCCUACAUGCAGAGCCGAAUGCGGUGCAGACUGGACCACGCCAACAGGGGCCGUGCUGUCACCGAACUACCCCAGUACGUACGGCUAUAACCGCAACUGUAUCUACACUAUCAGUGUCCAACCUGGACAGGGCAUCAGACUGACUGUCAGGGACUUCGUCACGGAAAGUUCGGACGACUACUUACAGAUCCGUGACGGCAGCCAUUCCACGGCGACGUAUAUCGGCCAGUACAGUGGAACACAGUUACACACAGGUGACGUCAUCGAGAGCACGUCCUACCAGCUGUGGCUGAAGUUCUGGGCGGAUUCGACGUCCACUUACACAGGGUUUCACAUCGACUACGAGGCUUUUGAUAUCACACUGAGGGACUGUGACGACCCGGGCACCCCCAGCUACUCCAGCAGAGUUGUGAAAGGCUUGUCUGCAGGCGACACCAUCACCUACACCUGUAACCCUGGUUACACCAUGCACGGUACCGCCACUAUCACCUGUCUCACCGGCAACAGUAGGGUCUGGAGCGCAGCACCGCCUACCUGCACAGCUGAGUGUGGUUCAGACUGGACUGCGCCAACAGGUGCCAUACUGUCUCCCAACUACCCCAGUACGUACGGCUAUAACCGCAACUGUAUCUACACUAUCAGUGUCCAACCUGGACAGGGCAUCAGACUGACUGUCAGGGACUUCGUCACAGAAAGCAGCGAUGACUACCUACAGAUCCGUGACGGCAGCCAUUCCACGGCGACGUAUAUCGGCCAGUACAGCGGAACACAGUUACACACAGGUGACGUCAUCGAGAGCACGUCCUACCAGCUGUGGCUGAAGUUCUGGGCGGAUUCGACGUCCACGUACACAGGGUUUCACAUCGACUACGAGGCUUUUGAUAUCACACUGAGGGACUGUGACGACCCGGGCACCCCCAGCUACUCCAGCAGAGUAGUGACAGGCUUGUCUGCAGGCGACACCAUCACCUACACCUGUAACCCUGGUUACACCAUGCACGGUACCGCCACUAUCACCUGUCUCACCGGCAACAGUAGGGUCUGGAGUGCCGCGCCCCCUACCUGCACAGCUGAGUGUGGUGUAGACUGGACCGCGCCAACGGGAGCCAUACUGUCUCCGAACUACCCCAGUACGUACGGCUAUAACCGCAACUGUAUCUACACUAUCAGUGUCCAACCUGGACAGGGGAUCAGACUGACUGUCAGGGACUUCGUCACGGAAAGUAGCGGCGAUGACUACUUACAGAUCCGUGACGGUAGCCAUUCAGCGGCGACGCUGAUUGGCCAGUACAGCGGAUCCCAACUUCACGCUGGUGACGUCAUCGAGAGCACAUCCUAUCAGCUGUGGAUGAAGUUCUGGGCUGAUACAUCGUCCGCGUACACAGGGUUUCAUAUCGACUACGAGGCAUUUGAUAUCACACUGAGGGACUGUGACGACCCGGGCACCCCCAGCUACUCCAGCAGAGUUGUGACAGGCUUUUCUGCAGGCGACACCAUCACCUACACCUGUAACCCUGGUUACACCAUGCACGGUACCGCCACUACCACCUGCCUCACCGGCAACAGUAGGGUCUGGUCGGACCCAAACCCCACUUGCGUAGCUGAAUGCGGUGCAGACUGGACUGCACCAACUGGAGCCGUACUGUCUCCGAACUACCCCAGUACGUACGGCUAUAACCGUAACUGUAUCUACACUAUCAGUGUCCAACCUGGACAGGGGAUCAGACUGACUGUCAGGGACUUUAGAACUGAAGCCAGCGAUGAUUACUUACAGAUUCGUGACGGCAUGGAUUCAACCUCGACGCUGAUUGGCCAGUACAGUGGAUCCCAACUGUCCAACGGCCAGGUCCUGGAGAGCACGUCUCAUCAUCUGUGGUUCAAGUUCUGGGCUGACUCUUCGUCAGCGUACUCAGGGUUUCACAUCGACUACGCAGCUUUUGAUAUCACACUGAGGGACUGUGACGACCCGGGAACACCCAGAUACUCCAGCAGAGUUGUGACAGGCUUGUCUGCAGGCGACACCAUCACCUACACCUGUAACCCUGGUUACACCAUGCACGGUACCGCCACUAUCACCUGUCUGACUGGAAACAACAGGGUCUGGAGCGCAGCGCCCCCUACCUGCACAGCUGACUGUGGAGCGGAUUGGACAGGGCCAAGAGGCGCCGUGUUGUCACCAAACUACCCCAGCAACUACGGGUACAGCCAGAACUGUUACUACACCGUCACUGUGAGCGCGGGGGAGUACAUCCAGCUCACCGUCAGGUCAUUCAGGACCGAGGCCUCAGACGACUAUUUGGAGGUUCGGAAUGGCCUGGACUCUAGCGGAACGCUGAUUGGUCGCUACAGCGGUUCGGUCCUGUCGGCAGGAGACAUCCUCAAGAGUACGUCUUACCAGCUGUACUUCAAGUUCCACUCAGACUCAUCCUCCAACUAUCAAGGCUUCCACAUAGAUUACCAAGCUGUUGACAUCGGGGUACGCCAGUGUGAUGACCCCGGGACGCCGACAUACGCCUCCCGCCCGCUGGCCGCCGUCUUCUCGGCCGGAGAGUCCAUCACCUACACCUGCGACCCUGGUUACACCAUGCACGGUACCGCCACCAUCACCUGCCUCACCGGGGACGACAGGGUGUGGAGCGAUGCACCGCCAACAUGUGUGGCUGAAUGUGGUGGGGAUUACCGCUAUGUGACCAGUGGGGCAGUACUGUCGCCCAACUAUCCCAGCUCAUACGGCUACAACAAGAACUGUUACUACACCAUCACUCAGGACCUGGGCUCAGGCAUCAGACUCACCGUCAGGGACUUCUACCUGGAAAACGGCGGAGACUAUCUAGAAAUACGUGAUGGGCCUGAUGAUAGCGCUGAUCUGAUUGGACGUUACGAUGGCACCGACCUGUCUGCUGGUGACGUCAUAGAGAGCACAGGUUACACCCUGUGGCUGAAGUUCCGAGCAGACUCGUCCUACGGCUACACCGGCUUUCACAUCGACUUCGAACGCUUUGAUCUGACGUAUAGAGAGUGUGACGACCCGGGCACUCCCAGCUACUCCUCUCGGGUGGUGGAAGGUUUUGGACCGGGCGACAAAAUCACCUACACAUGUGACCCUGGUUACACCAUGCACGGUACCGCCACUAUCACCUGCCUCACCGGCGUGAACAGGGUCUGGAGCAGCGCCCCUCCAUCGUGCGUUGCUGAGUGUGGCAGUGACUGGACGGCUCCCACCGGUGCAGUGUUGUCCCCAAACUACCCGAGGUCCUACCCGAACAACCAGAACUGUUACUACACCAUCACUGUCAGCCCGGGAUCCUUCAUCCAACUCACUGUCAGGGCCUUCUACACAGGCAGCAGCAGUGGCGACUAUCUGGAGAUCCGUGAUGGUGGGACCGAAAGUGCGACCCGGAUUGGUCGGUACAGCGGCUCACAACUGUCUACAGGCGACAUCAUCAAAAGCACUUCGUACCAGCUGUGGUUCAAAUUUCACUCCGAUUCCUCAUCUGGUUACAGUGGGUACCGCAUCGAUUAUACCGAGAUGGACAUCAGCCUGCGGGACUGUGACGACCCCGGCACCCCCACCUACUCCUCUCGUGUUGUGGAAGGUUUUGGAUCAGGCGACACCAUCACCUACACCUGUAACCCUGGUUACACCAUGCACGGUACCGCCACUACCACCUGCCUCACCGGCAACAGUAGGGUCUGGUCGGACCCAAACCCCACUUGCGUAGCUGAGUGUGGUAGUGACUGGACGGCUCCCACCGGUGCAGUGUUGUCCCCGAACCACCCACUCUCCUACCCGAACAACCAGGACUGUUACUACACCAUCACUCUCAGCCCGGGAUCCUUCAUCCAACUCACUGUCAGGGCCUUCUACACAGGCAGCAGCAGUGGUGACUAUUUGGAGAUCCGUGAUGGAGGGACGGCAACGGAUACAUACAUUGGUCGCUACAGCGGAUCCGGGCUGUCCAACGGUGACGUGAUCAAAAGCACGUCCUAUCAGCUGUGGUUCAAAUUCAGAUCGGAUUCAUCCUACACGUACAGCGGCUUCCAUAUCGACUACACAGAGAUGGACAUCAGCCUGCGGGACUGUGACGACCCGGGCACUCCCACCUACUCCUCUCGUGUUGUGGAAGGUUUUGGACCAGGCGACAAAAUCACCUACACCUGUAACCCUGGUUACACCAUGCACGGUACCGCCACUACCACCUGCCUCACCGGCAACAGUAGGGUCUGGUCGGACCCCAACCCUACUUGCGUAGCUGAGUGUGGCAGUGACUGGACGGCGCCCACCGGUGCAGUGUUGUCCCCAAACUACCCAAACUCCUACUCAAACAACCAGAACUGUUACUACACCAUCACUGUCAACCCGGGAUCCUUCAUCCAGCUCACUGUCAGGGCCUUCUACACAGAAGGUGGCUCAGACUAUCUUGAGAUCCGUGAUGGAGGGACAGAAACGGACACACGGAUCGGUCGGUACAGUGGAUCCGCGUUGUCCAACGGUGACGUGAUCAAAAGCACGUCCUACCAGCUCUGGUUCAAAUUCCGUUCAGAUUCCUCCUCCACGUACAGCGGCUACCAUAUCGACUACGCAGAGAUGGACCUCAGCCUGCGGGACUGUGACGACCCGGGCACCCCCACCUACUCCUCUCGUGUUGUAGAAGGUUUCGGACCGGGAGACAAAAUCACCUACACCUGUAACCCUGGUUACACCAUGCACGGUACCGCCACUACCACCUGCCUCACCGGCAACAGUAGGGUCUGGUCGGACCCCAACCCUACUUGUGUAGCUGAGUGUGGCAGUGACUGGACGGCGCCCACUGGUGCAGUGUUGUCCCCAAACUACCCAAACUCCUACUCAAACAACCAGAACUGUUACUACACCAUCACUGUCAGCCCGGGAUCCUUCAUCCAACUCACUGUCAGGGCCUUCUACACAGAAGGUGGCUCAGACUAUCUUGAGAUUCGUGACGGAGGGACGGCAACGGAUACAUACAUUGGCCGGUACAGUGGAUCCGGGCUGUCCAACCGCGACGUUAUCAAGAGCACGUCCUACAAGCUCUGGUUCAAAUUCAGGUCCGAUUCUACCUACACCUACAGCGGCUUCCACAUCGACUACGCAGCUGUGGACAUCUCUCUGCGGUCCUGUGAUGACCCUGGCACUCCGCCAAACAGCGACCGCACGGUGACGACUUUUGAUGCCGGCAACUCCGUCACCUACACCUGUAACCCUGGUUACACCAUGCACGGUACCGCCACUAUCACCUGCCUCACCGGGGACAGUAGAGUCUGGUCGGAGGACCCACCUUCCUGCGUUGCUGAAUGUGGGGGAGACUGGCGAGACCCAACCGGCGCCAUCUUGUCACCAAACUACCCAAGCUCUUACAACCCCAGCCAGACCUGUUACUACACCAUCACUGUGGACCCCGGGAAGACCAUCCGACUCACCGUUCGGGCCUUCUUCACAGAAAGUGGCUCAGACUAUCUUGAGAUCCAUGAUGGUCCUGACGCCAACGCCGCUCGGAUUGGCCGGUAUAGCGGCACUGGCCCUCCUGAUGGUGACGUCAUCUCCUCAACUACCAAUCAGCUUUGGUUCAGGUUUAGGAGCGACUCCUCCUACAAUUACAGUGGCUUCAAACUGGACUACGAAGCUGUCUGAGAAACAAGAUGGCCCCCGCGUACUCAACUGGUGAUUCUAUCACGGAGGUCGAAUUCAUCGAGCUAGGCAAUAUGUGAUAGGACAAAAUCGAAUAAACCAUCAAGAAUUCGGAGAUCUCAUGCCUCCAU